CUGAGACGAUGAUACCGUGAGGUCCAGGCAGUCCCUGCGAGCCAUGCCUACCCUUAGCAUGCUAAAAAACGCCCUCGGCCACCACGCAACGGCACCCGUUCUCCAUGUUAACGAUGUGAUACAGCCCACGACUUCCGAUGAAAAUCUGGAGGAAUUCAAUGAAGGCACCAUAGGCAACUUCCUCCGCUUAUCACCGGAUAAGUUUCUGAAUUUGACCGUUCCUAAUGACACUCUGGUUAAUGGCACAUUCAAUAAUACCUUCAUCGGCAACGAAGAUGGUGAACCCUUGGCCCACAUUCUCCUCAUGGGAGUACUCUCCAUUGUUCUAGGCCUCAUGAUCUUAGUAACCAUCAUCGGAAAUGUCUUCGUUAUUGCUGCCAUCCUUAUGGAGAGGAACCUGCAGAAUGUCGCCAACUAUUUGAUCGUGUCGCUUGCAGUUGCUGAUUUGAUGGUAGCAUGUCUGGUCAUGCCUCUGGGUGCAGUUUACGUG